AUGUUCACUUUUGUGAAAACAACCAUCAUUGUUGCGUGGUUUGUGCGGCAAGCACAAGCAGCUCCCCUUCUCGAUUCCGGCCUUUUUAAAUCUGAAUCGAAUGAAGCUCAGUUUCCAUGUCGAAUUUGUGAAGACGAGCGGCUGAAAGAUCAAGGUGAUAUAGAUGAAGUCAACCAUGAAACUCUAUUCGAGUAUGACAAAACAAUGGGGACUGGGAAUCUGGAUGAAAUUGAAAAUGAAGUGCUGCUCAUUAAUGUAUCAGCUUGGCUUCAGGAACCGACUGAUGCCAAAAACUUGAAACAAGAAGUUGAGCAGGCUUCAUCUUCCCGGACUAAAUCACUGGAUGUACGCAUGCCAGUUUUAACCGAAAAGCAAAUUGCGAUGCAUACCAGGAAUUAA